AAAAUAGUUAUUUUUUAGUGCGAUGAAAUAUGAGUAGAUGAGAUGACACAAGUUUCUUUUAAAUUAAAAAGUUAGGAGUAUCAAAUAUUCAAUCAAGAGAAAAAAAAAUCAGGUUGGUGCUGUUAAAACAACUAGGGGUGUGUAAAGGAAAAUCAUGAAGAUCUAUUUUAAAAAAAAAAAAGUAGUCCGCUAUAUAUAAAAAAAAAAAAAAAGUCCAAUAAGGUAGAAGAGUGUGAUUGAUUAUUCUGGUUUGUUGUUUCUCCGCCCUAAAACGAAUCAAACUCUCUCUGUUUCUUUCUCUUCUCCGAUUCACCAUGUACAGAAACCUCUCUUCACGCCUCAGGGCGGCCUUCAGGGCCCGUUCGUGCAAUAGGGUACCUGCCACUACCAGAUUUGCAAGUUCAAGUUCUGUUGCCCCCAAACAAUCCUCUUCUGGUUUAUUUGGAUGGCUCGGCGGAUCAUCCGCUUCCGUGCCACCUCUCGAUUUCCCACUUCCUGGUGUUAAAAUUCCAUCUCCAUUGCCUGAUCAUGUUGCACCCGGGAAAACCAUUAUUACUACACUCCCAAAUGGUGUCAAAGUCGCAUCUGAAACAUCACCGAAUCCUGCUGCCUCCAUAGGUCUAUAUGUAGACUGUGGUUCCAUCUAUGAGACCCCAUUAACUUUUGGGGCUACACAUUUGCUUGAACGAAUGGCCUUCAAGAGUACUGUAAACAGGAGUCAUUUUCGAGUGGUUCGUGAGGUGGAGGCAAUUGGUGGCAAUGUGCAGGCUUCCGCUUCUAGAGAGCAAAUGGGUUACACUUUUGAUGCUUUGAAGACUUAUGUUCCUGAAAUGGUGGAGUUGCUUGUUGAUAUUGUCAGGAAUCCUGCGUUUCUUGAUUGGGAGGUUAAUGAGCAGCUUCUGAAAGUGAAGGCUGAAAUUGGCGAAGCUUCCAAAAACCCUCAAGACUUGCUAUUGGAAGCAAUUCAUUCUGUCGGUUUUUCUGGUGCCUUGGCUAAUCCUCUUUUAGCCUCAGAAUCAGCAGUAAAUAGACUAAAUGGUACACUUCUCGAAGAAUUUGUUGCUGAAAAUUAUACUGCACCUCGAAUUGUACUUGCAGCUUCUGGUGUUGAGCAUGAGGAAUUGUUGUCCGUUGCCGAACCUCUUUUGUCUGAUUUACCCAGUGUCCCGCGUCCAGAAGAGCCAAAAUCAGUAUACACUGGUGGUGAUUAUCGUUGUCAAACUGAAACCGGGAGGACCCAUUUUGCUCUUGCAUUUGAACUUCCUGGCGGCUGGCAUAACUUGAAGGAGGCUAUGGUUUUGACUGUUCUUCAGAUGCUAUUGGGAGGCGGUGGAUCAUUCUCUGCUGGUGGGCCUGGUAAAGGGAUGUAUUCAAGGCUGUAUCUUAAUGUUCUGAAUCAGUAUCCACAAGUUCAUUCAAUAUCGGCAUUCAACAAUAUUUACAACAAUACUGGCAUUUUUGGUAUCCAAGUCACAACAGGUUCAGAUUUUGUGACAAAAGCCAUUGAUAUUGCAGCUAAUGAGAUUCUUGAUGUUGCUACUUCUGGAAAAGUCGACCAGGUACAACUGGAUCGUGCCAAACAAGCUACAAAAUCUGCAAUUUUGAUGAAUUUGGAAUCAAGAAUGGUUGUUUCAGAAGAUAUAGGAAGACAAGUUUUGACAUAUGGUGAUAGGAAACCGGUGGAGGAUUUUCUAAAAGCAGUGGACGAAAUAAAUUUGAAGGACAUAGCUUCAGUUUCUCAAAAGCUCAUUUCUUCCCCUCUCACAAUGGCAUCAUAUGGAGAUGUUUUAUAUGUUCCAAGCUUUGAAUCAGUGAGCAGGAAGUUCCGUUCAAAAUGAGAUUGUUUUUUUUAUCCAUCAUAUUUCGAUUCUUCUUGACAUGCAAUCAAGUCUUGUACGGCUAAAAAGUGUAUAAUUAAGUUAAAAUCACAUAUAUCCUUUGUUGUAAUCAAUAAAUUAGUGAAUGUGCGCAAGCAACAUCUGCAUAUUUCAUUAUUUUUGGGUACACAACCAUUGAAUUUGAAUGACCUGGUAGCACAUCACAUGGAUGUUUUCUAGGCUGAGCUCUAAACUGCUGGAUUAUAUUUGGACUGAAAAUCCCAUGUGAGGAAACCUAGUCAUAUUUAUUGAUCA